UUAAUAGAUAUUUUGUCAGGUUAAAAAAACGGAAUCUGCAAUAUCAAUAGCAAUGGGGACUGGGCGAGAACUACUUGACCUGCUUUCUACAAAGAAUAACUGGCAGGCUACAGUACCAUUUCCUAUUGUCUACCUCAGCUUCUGCCUGCCCUUUGUCGUUCUGGACGCCCUAUCUUCUAGGGUAGCAUGGAUAAGGAGAUACAAAAUUCAACAGAAGACCAGUGUAUCUUGGAGGAUGAUUUGGAGCUGCCUCGCACUCUCCCUCUACAACCAUGUCAUGUACAUCUUCCCACUGAGUGUCCUGCACUGGUACUGGAGACCUGUCAGCUACACAGUGACGGCACCUGGGCUCCUGCGAGUCAUCUGGGACCUUUUUGCCUGCCUGCUUCUCUUUGACUUCCAGUACUUCGUAUGGCAUCUUCUGCAUCACAAAGUACCCUGGCUCUACCGCACUUUCCAUAAGGUGCAUCACAAAUACACGUCCACCUUCGCUCUGGCCACUGAGUAUUCGGGAGCAUGGGAGACUCUGUCGUUGGGUUUCUUCGCUGCAGUGAAUCCCAUGUUACUGGGGGUUCAUCCUAUGACAGAGAUGCUUUUCCAUAUGCUGAACAUGUGGCUGUCAGUUGAGGACCACUGUGGCUAUGACCUGCCGUGGGCGACACACAGACUGGUGCCUUUUGGUCUGUAUGGAGGAGCUCCACACCAUGAUGUCCACCAUCAGAAGUUCAAGUCCAACUAUGCUCCAUACUUCACUCACUGGGACAAGCUUUUUGGGACACUGCACUCUGAAUGAACUGAGCAACUGGAACAGACUACCUGAACUGAUUUCAUCUGUCUUUUUUGUAAAAAGAGCGUUACCAUUCAAUGAAUGAAUACCUUUGACUCUAAAACUUGUUUUAAAAGUUGCUUUAUAAUUCAUGUGUGUUUAAAUAAUGUUCUCAUUUAUUUAUUUAAUGUCUGUAUUUAAGUGUGACUGUUGGCUAAGAAAAAUGAUCAGUGAUAUGACUAUGCUAUGUCUAAGGAGUAUGUGAGAUACAUCUGUUAACCUUAUCCUAAUGUAUUUUCAUUUAUUUAUAAAACAGUUUUGAUACUGAAUGUUUGCACUGUAACAUGAAGAACAAAUCUAACAAAGCUAAUGGCAAUAAAAAGCUAUG